UGCCAUCCACUGUUUUUAGAUAAAAGUUUUACAUUUUUAAUAAUCAGUUAGUUAGUUAGUACAUGUUUAAAUAAAUUUAAUAUUGCAUCUAUAAUAUAAUAAAUGUACCUCUAGUUAAGGUCGAUGGGGUAUGACUGGGUUUGUCGGAUUGUGAUUCAUCAGUAAACAUCAUAGUUUCAUCUGGUGGUGCUUGAGAAUUGACUCGACGUCUUGAAGAGGAUGUGGGUUCUCUAUUGUCAAUUCUUGUACGUCGUCUUGUUGGCGUACUUAAACCAAUCUCACUAUUGAUUGCUUCAGUUGUCUCCCCUAAAAAUCUAUUUUUAAUUUGACUUAGUUAUUAUGUGGUAUAUUCCAUUUUUGUUAUAUAUCAUUAGUUUUAGUACAUGAUUGACCAACCUGUUCAUGUUGUAGGUUGGUGUACUCUUUCCACCUUAAUUAAUCUUGAGGGUAUAUGUGCAUUUGUCCAACUGAUUGGUAGGUGUUUUGGUCUUGACUUUAUCGUUGUAUUGUGGCUCAGGCUAAGAUUUGUGGCUCUGUUUUCUUUUGUAUGAGAAUUAAGCGUGGUAAUAGUUUAUUGUGUCUUGCUUGAUCUUUUCUAUCCAUACCUGAUUUCCUUUUCAUUGAUGACAAUCUGUUAGAAAUACACCAAGUUUGUUUUCAACAAAAGUUCGGUUUUUUUGAUAUAAAACUUGCAUUUGUUUUAUUAAAUAGGCUAACAUACAUAAGUUGAUGAGAAAUGUAAAGAAACAUUUGAACCACGUAAACCAAAGAAAAAUAAUUGUGUUCUAAAUCUAAAAUUGGACCUCAAUCAAAGGAAAAUGAAAGUCAUUCCUCAUGAAGCUGGAGCUUUUUAGUCUUUUUGGGAAGUUGCAUCAGAUUUAUAGUCCAAUAGGUCCUUGGCCUUGCAUAACUCUUCAACCAAGGCUUUGUUUUCCUAGCAUAGAUCCAUAUAGUUUUGCUUUAAGGUUUUGAAAUUCAUUUAUUCCUUUACUCGUUUAAUGUCUGCUAUACGGCGUUUUUUCCUCUGCUGGCGAACACUCUCUAGUUUGAAAUCAGCAAUUUCAAAUUGGUAAUACUCGUUUAAUUUAAAUAUAGGUAGUAAUUGGGCUGCAUGCUCAGUAGCAGUUACCAAUUCUUUUGAUUUUUGGCUCUUUAUUUUGGUUGUCGGAUCGUCUUAUGUGGUUGUUAGCUUUAUGGUUUCUACAUAUUGUUGUCGUCGUUCCUUAUAGUGUUGUUUAGUGGUGGUGACAAGCCAUACUGGUUGAUGAUAGUGGUUAAAAGAGUUAUGCAACUUAUUGUGAAUAGUUUUGUGGGAUUAUUCAUAGUUAAACUAUCAAAUGACAUGAGUUAGUUAAAUAACACAUCAUAUCUUUAUUUCUAAACAACGAAUAAUAGUUGACAAAUUAAUAAAUAUAAUCAAAUAAUAUAGCCUAUCAAUCAUGAUUUUUGUACGUAAUGACAAAUAUAAUUUUUCAUUCAAUCAAACAAUAGAGUCAUUUAAUCAUGAUUUUUCUACACAAUAUAAAUAUGUUUUUUCAUGUAAUAUUAUGGGGCAUUACCAAAGACCAAAAACUAAUUAGGUAUCAGACUAACUUACAUUUGGGUAAACAAAGUUCUUAAAUAUUCUAUCAAAUAAUGUUCGGCAAACAUAUUUAAUUUAAGUGAGAUACGACAUACUUGGAAUACUAUAAUUUAAAUUUUCUUUGACAUUACUUCUUGAUAGCAAGCCGAAAAAUAUAUCAGCUGAAGGAAAUGAAAUACCUUAUGAUGAAUCCAAAAGUGUGUUUAAUAUUCACCCAAAAUUCACGUAUCAAAGAGUCGCACUCAUAGAUUAAGCUGUGCAGACUAAAGUCUAUUCUCGGUUAAUUUCAUCACAAUAUUCUUAUAAUCAUCAACACUAAUGACUUGUCAAAAAACUUGCUGCUAAUGCGUCAGUUAUAAUUAAUAUAAUGAACCAUUAGAAUAGGGUAGGCAAGCCAACAACACAAAAGUAAAUAAAGUCAUAGUAUGUACCUAAAUAAUUCUCACAUUAUUCUCUACAUUAUAUUUCAUUUUAGAAGCAAGUCAAAAGCAUGUGGCAGCCGUCUGUAUAGAUUUUCACUCCAAUUUAAAUGCAGAAUCACAAAUAUGAUAGGUGAACCCUCUAAUAGAACACAUAGAAAGAGAGAAACCUAAAACCGGCAAGGAGACUGAAUACGAAAACAUAAAUCCCCCCUCGAAACCUUACAGUUCAUUAGAAAAGUGCAAAUGAAGUUAUGAUUAGUACUCCCCGACCUCCGUCUCAGAAUAAACCUCCACAUUGUUGUAUUUUGAUAGCUUGUAAAAGAAUUGUCUUUCUUUAGAAGUAAAAAUAUUAUUUUUCCCCUUUUAUCUUACCAUCAUAGAACCCGUUUCCUUCUUGUAUCAUAACAAUUAUCUUCCUUAACCUGUCUUCUUCUACUUUCAAUUAAUUUAUUUAUCCUCAACAACUAUUAUGAAAACACCUGCCAAGUCAACAAAGAAGUUUAUCACGGAACAGAGAGAGUAAUUUUAUAUAAAUGAUUGAAAAUAUCUAGCAUGAAAUUAGCUACAAUAAUCAACUUAGACAAUACCUAGCUACUUAUUGUAAGAGACCAAAAAUAAAUAGUUAAAUACUCAUUAAAAAGUAAAAAAUUAACUUUACAUCAUAUCAAAUUAACGGCAGUGUCAUCAAUGAUCAGUCAUCACCAUCGCACAACCCCCAUUAACCCAACCCAAAUAUGAAAAAUAGGAAAGCAGAUGGAGGGAAGGCAUAGAACCUCUAAGAAAUAACAUGUGAAAGAUAUUAUUGAGCUGCUCCAAUCAGAAAGGAAAACCAAUACAAAUAUAUACCUUGUCGUGCACCAAUCACAAUAUAAAAUUUACAAAAAAGAACGUAAAUAGAAACAUGAAUCACCAGUCGUUAGUCCAAAACCUACUUCAACAUUUUCAAGUUAGAAGCUACCACGAGUUAAAGAGACCAUGAUCUAACCCAUUGGGGAGAGGGAUCACAUAAUAAACAACUGAGAACUUCAUCGUUUACUAUUAAUAUUUUCCCCUUUCAAUCGGAAGCUAACCAUUUAGAUAGUUACACUAAUGUAUCUAAAAACUUACCUUUAUGAAAGAAAAAAAAACUUAACUAACUAUCGAAAUCUUAUUAACUCCGUGCCUUGCUGACUUAAGUUCACAAUGAUAGAAAUGUAGAGUCCACAUAAUCUGAACCACCCCAGUGAAUUUAAGAAGAAUGAAUUUCUAAUAAAAAGGAAUCCUCGACUUUGAAGUAAAAUGCAGGUUUUUGUAGUCUAGACUGUCACUCAGUUUCUAAAUUGUUGAUUUGGAUUCCUAGAAUCAAAUGCAAAAAGGCUGACUAACCUGUUAGACAUUUCUAUUUUUCCAUUUUUUGUCCUUUCUAAUUUUUCGUUUCCAUUAUUUCCGAAUCUUAAAGGGAACCUUGUAGAGCACUAAGCCAACCAACUUGAUGUUGGAAAAAGUAAGAUCAGAAACUUUCGCUUGCACUUGCAAGCAUAGGGAUACUUGCUUGGUCAUGAUUAAACAGGUUGGCUGCAUUAUGUGACAGAGGACCAGUUCACAUGAACAAACACUGAAUACAGUGACACGGGCAGAUCCUCUCCUUUUUCAAGGCUCUUAGUACUUAAACAUGGAGUUGAGAUUUUAUUGUCACAUGCUUCAUGUUUCUUGGUUACAAAACCAGGACUGUAGGGAAGACUGCAAUGGUACCAACAACCUUUCACUUAAUUGCAUAAAAUAGGCAGAUCAUUCCAACAAAAUGCCACGUGUGUUGCCCAAACUUGUAAACACAGUUUUUACUUUUUGUUCUCUCAUAAUAAUAUUCAAGGGCUUUACUGCAUGGUAUAUUAGUAUAUAGUGCAACUCUUGCUAUAAACAAUCCUGUACUAUCUCUCCAUUCAUCUCUCCCACCUCACCAUUGCCACAGAAGAAUCUUAGCAAUCGAAGUUUUUGAAAAAAGUUGCCAAUAAAUUAAACAUACUUUUCUUUCUCUUUUUAACUAAAUUUUUUCAUGGCAUAUUAAUGGAUCUUUUCUUUUCUGGAAAAUUGUCCCCAUCAAAGUAUAUGCUUUAAUUCAGUAUUCCACUUCCAUUAUUCUCUACACUAAUCUUUGACCAUGAUCUCAUAAUUUUUCUUUAUGCUGAUAUUGCUAUAUUUGAUCCCUUACUCACCUAUGCACUUUCUUUUUGUGACAAUAUUCCCAGCUCUCCUUUCUUUUUGAAGUUUAUGAUAUAUAUAUUAUACUUGAUAAAUCAGCUGGGUUUUUUUUUUGUUUCUGUUUGAGCUCAAUUAUUUAGCAGCCCAAUUAAGGAAUGAAGGGCCUCCUAAGAUCCAGCAAAGCUUGUAGCGGUGGGUCCCACCAUUGAGUUGACCAAAUUAAAAGGCUAAUAUAAAGAUCCACCAGAGGGCUAAAAGGGUUAAUGGCCUCAAAAGGCAAUUUAGCCAUUAACCUCAUAAUAGCCCACUCAACUAAUACUCCACAACCGGAGAUUUCCAAACACUAUAAAUACCAGUUGCUUCAUCAAUGAACGUGUAUUGAAUUCUCACCUAACAAAACAGAGCAUCUCUCUCUAGACUUUCUCUCUCUAUCUCGAUCAGCAACUGGCUUGAGCGUCGAAGGGGCGAUCCCGGAACAACCCCCGGGGUAGUCUAACUUUGUUUUGCAGGAUUCUGGUGUACAUAAAACUAGUUCAAGUCAAUGCUCUUGGGGUUCACUCCUACUCAGAAUACAUUAGUAUCCUUAAUUUCUAGACAUAAACAAUUUGGCGCCGUUUGUGGGGAUAGCACAAGAAGUUACUUCGCCACUACACAACAUGAUUCACCCUAUUGCUACUCAGAAAAAAUCAUCUCAUUAUUACUCAGCAAUGGCCACAGCCAAGAGCACCCGCAACAAACAUCCUUCAGCACAUGCCUAGAGAUCUGAGCGGGCACCCUUAUCUUCCCACCAUAGGAGAUUCGAACGGGCAGCCUCACCUCCUUGUCGGUCUCCCACAGUCCUACCACGGACCCCAACCAGGAACCUUCCCAUGGAGAUCAUUCAUCCCCGUCCCAGCAGAUAUAUCAUGUCAAUUCUCAACCCCUGUUUGCAGCAGACAUCACCCUCAUAGCGUCUCAGCUUCAGCAAACUUUACAGCGCAGCAUAAUGAACAUGUUGACUGCCAUUCAGCAAGGACAAACUCAGCCUAACCUUCAUGUCCCCCCCGAACCAAGGGACCACGUCCUAGUGCGCUCUCAGUGGGAAGAACACAACCCACGAUCGGCCCGCUGUGAGCCUCACUGGCAAAGAUCGAGGUCCCAGAGCCUAGUCAACAUGACAGGGAAUGAUCGAGACGAGAGAUAGAUGAGUGCCACCCAUCCAAAGGGAGGUCGGCUCGCCAUGGAGAAGAAUCUCACAUCUCCAAAUCACCUAAAGGAGAUGUCGGAUGCAAGCUUAAGGACGCCCGACAUUUUCUUAACCAGAAGUGCCUCAGCCAGGGAUAUGAUGUCCGACACAUCCUCAACAAGAAAGCCACUCACCGAGAAGGGCAAAGUGACUCAGCCCACUCUAAAUCCUCUCGGCUUAACAGUGGAGCUCUCAAGUUCAUGGUCCCAUUCAGUCAGGAGAUCUUGGAAGCACCUACUCUAGGAAAACUCAAGACCCCCCUCAUCGAACCACUAGUGGAAAAAAACUUAUAAGUCACUUAGUAACAGAUUCGAUUUUACAAAAACCACAUCCCAAAAUCAUCCUUUAAAAUGGAGGGAAAGUUGGGAGUAAAAUCUGAUGCGGUCCUCUUGUGGACCGCACCAGAUUGAAAAACUGUUGCGGUUUUUCUGAAAUCUGAUGCGAUUUUGGGGACCGCAUCAGAAAAUGGGCUUUUUAAUCGCGCGUCCCAGCUCUCCCCCUUGUUCUCUCAUCCACCCAAUUUAAAUCACGCGACCCAAUUUCAUUAAAACACGCGAGGCCCAGCUCUCCCCUUGUUUUGUUAUUGUUUCUUUCACAUCCCUCAUAUUCCUUCAUCAUUUUAAUUUUUUCCCUCUCACCAGGAAAAUAAAUAGGGUUUCUCUUUCCCCAUAUUCCCUUCUCUGGUGCACACCAACGCCAAUUGCUGCUGCCAAAGCUUCGAUUCAAGUGUUUCUUGCAUUCAAAUUUCACCCCAUUCUAAACUGAAACAUGAGACGGUCCUUUUCGUUUGCAGCUUGAAGCUUCAACACAUCAGGGAUUAGAACAGCAGAUGCCUUCAUUCAAUUUGCCAUCUAAAAUUCUUUGCAAAGUGGCUAAUAUUGAAGAAAGGAGUCCAGCUAGCUGAGUUUAGUUACUAAUAGAAUAUAGCUGUUAGUAUUAAAAGCCCACUGUGUUAGUGGCCCAAACUCUCUUGUUUUUCAGUCUGUUGUUUAGGCUGGUGGCCUCAGGUUGUUUGUCCUUUUGUGUGACACUUAUCGAGGGUUUUGUGUAGCCUACAAGGCACUACUUUCUAGGUUGAUGCACCGGAUAUAAAAUGCUGCAUUCAUGUCCAAAAAGGCAUGAGAGAAUGAAUGAAAAAACCCAAACCUGAAAGUGAGAAAAUGUUUCUUGUUUAUGAGCAGCAACAACAGCUAAAACAAAUGAAAGAAUUCAUUUGUCGUCAUGGUAUCAGAGCUUGAAGUUCGUUACUCUUAAAGAGACAUUUUUUAUUUUCAGUUUGUUUCAUUGAUUGCUAAAAAAAAAGGUGUCAUGUGUGUAUUUAUUUCAUGCAGUAGAUUCCUAAAGUUGCAAACUUUUCUUAAAAGGUCUAAAUCAAUCCAUCUCGUGUCUUGCUUUCUCCUGUUGUGUGUAUGACCAGAAGAAAAAACAAAAACGAAACAAUGACAUCUUCUUCCCUAGAUGUAACCGGUCCCCUUUACCUUCAUCCCUCUGAGAAUAGCAACUCCAUUAAUGUAGAAAAACUCCAAGGUCCCUCCAACUACAGAGCUUAGAGGAGAUCAUUUGAGAUAUCUCUAGCCUCAAAAAGAAAGUUAGGCUUCAUUACAGGAGUUGUUAAGAGAGAUGGAACUGACAAGGUAAAGCAAGAUCACUAGGAUACCUGUAACAACAUGGUUAUAUCAUGGUUGUUAGGAAACAUGAGUGAACAGAUCAAGAGGUGUGUGAUGUUUGUGACCAACUGUGGUCAAAUUUGGAGGGAACUGGAGCAAAGGUACUCUGUCACUAAUGGUUCCAGGAAGUACAAAAUCAGUAAGGAGAUCUAUGAAACCAAGCAGAAUGGAACGCUAGUUUCAGAAUAUUACACUGAUAUGAAAACCUUGUGGGAAGAGCUGGAGAAUUCGAUGAACUUCCCCCCUAUUACAGAGACUACGCCUGAAGUGACAACUUUUGUGGAAGCUUUAAACAAAGAGCAAGAGGAACAAAAGUUGUUCCAGUUCCUAAAUGGACUGGAUGAGUCCUAUGGAACAGUGAGAAGCAACCUCCUGAUGCUUACACCUCUGCCUUCAGUUGACAGUGCCUGUUGCACUCUUUCCCAAGAAGAAUCUCAGAGGGAUCUUCACAAACCACUUAAAGAAGAAAGUGAUAUGAUUCCAAUGUUUAGUACAAGCAAUGAGAACACUUGUACAACUUGUGGAAAGAUAGGUCACACUGUUGAUAAGUGUUGGACCAUUGUGGGGUAUCCACCUAGGCACCCCAAACAUCAGAGAGAUCAAAAAGGGAAAGGUAAGGAGUAUUACUCUAAGAAAUCUGGUAACUACAACAACAAAGGUUAUCAGAAGUGGAAUAAGGGAAGUAGUGAUCAAAAGGUGAAAAUGGCAGCUAAUGUGAGAAGUGAAGGAGCAUCCACUGUGGGUUCAUCUAGUUCUGUCAACACAGGACAAAUUGAAAAAUUGUUGAAGAUGCUGCUCACUUUAGGAAAUGAGAAUGAACGAGGGUCAGAUGAUGAAAUGGACCUUGCUUACUCUAAUAUGGUGAGUUGUUACUAUGCAAAAAUUAAAGAAAACAAGUGGAUAAUUGACACUGGUGCAUGACAUCACAUGACUGGAGAUUUGAGUCGUCUUGUGAAUAUGAGAAGAUGUAAGAGUGAGGCAAAAAUUAACCUACCUACUAGUGAAACAUCUAAAAUCACUCAUGUGGGAGAUGCUGUAUUGAAGAACAACUUGGUGCUGAGAAAUGUGCUAUAUGUUCCUACAUUUAAACACAACCUCCUCUCUCUGAGGAAACUAUCUCACAAUGGUGAAUGAAAAGCCAUUUUUCACUCGAAUUUUGCAUAAUUCAUAACAACAAGAAUCAAGAGUUAGUGGGAGUAAGGAAGGUGAUGAAAGGCCUAUACUAUCUUAUUGAUGAACCAGUGAUUGAUAUUCUACAGAACAUAAGAGGCAGAUUGCUCACAGAGGGAGAUAGCAGUACAUGUCAUGCUCUCAAUGCAACACAACUUGAUGUUCCAGCUAGUAUUGAUCAGGGAAGGAAAACAAGUGACACUUUCUUAUGGCACAUGAGGUUAGGACAUGCACCUCUGAGAAUGAUCUCUCAAAUAGAUAGCCUAAAGGGGUUUAUCAAAUAUGAGUGUGAUACAUGUGUGGUGUGUCCCUUGGCUAAGUUCACUAGACUUUCUUUUCCUAUAAGUGUUUCAAGGGCUAGUGCAGCAUUUGAGAUGAUCCAUAUUGACACAUGGGGCCCCUAUAGGGUGAAUUCUAAGAAUCACCAGAGAUUCUUCCUUACUGUGGUUGAUGACCACACAAGGAUGACUUGGAUUCAUCCGAUGAGAAACAAAUCAGAUGCAUAUGAUGCUUUGGCUACAUUUGUUCAGAUGGCCAAGACUCAGUUUGAUAAAAGGGUGAAGGUGGUGAGAUCUGAUAAUGCAGUUGAGCUAGAUGACAAGCACUACAAGCAUAUGUUUGAUAAGCUAGGGAUAGUGCACCAAACCUCAUGUGUAGACACACCUGAACAGAAUGGAAGGGUGGAAAGGAGACACAGAAACUUGUUAGAAAUGGCUAGGGCCUUGAAGCUGCAAGCAGGGGUGCCAGCUCAAUUGCGGGGAGACUGUGUGCUUGCUGCUGCACACAUAACCAACAGACUUCCUACAACUGUCCUUGAGAAUGUCUCUCCAUAUAAGGUACUCUAUGAAACUAAACCAAACUAUAACUUGCUGAAAACAUUUGGAUGUUUUGUUAUUGCUUAUAACCCUGACAAAAGUGGUUACAAAUUGAAUGUUAGAGGAGUACCCUGCAUUUUCUUAGGAUAUCCAACCUCUCAAAAGGGCUACAGAGUGUAUAAUUUGUUAAACAAUACCACAUUUGUUACAAGACACACCAAAUUUUAUGAACACUUGUUCCCAUAUCAAGUGUUCAAACAAUCUGCUAAGCCUAUAGUCCAUUGUAGAAACCAGACUACUAGAGAGUGGUAUGAUACUGAGAUAGCUGCUAAUCCACACACCCAAACACUCAGUGAUCCUCAAGAGGCUGAGGGUGAAAGAUCCAAUGACCAAACUGACCAAGAUGACAGUGAGAUUGUACCUGAUACCAGCAUCCAACCUACAAUAGAAACUAGAAAAUCUUCUAGGACUCACAAACCACCCUCAUGGUUGAGUGACUACAAGACUAACCUAGCUUAUACUGAAGCACGAAAAAGGGCUGAAAAAACUAUGAACAUCCCAACAAGCAAACAAUUUUGGUGUUUUGCUGCUAGAAUUGCAAAACAUAGUGACAAUAUUCACUAUUAAAAAGCAGUGAAAGAUCCUAGGUGGGUCAGGGCAAUGAAUAAAGAGUUGGAGGCCCUUGAACUGAACAAAACCUGGGAUAUUACCACACUGCCACCAGGAAAAAUUGCCAUAGGAUGCAAGUGGGUGUACAAGAACAAAUACAACCCAGAUGGUACCUUAGAAAGACACAAAGCUAGGUUGGUGGUGUUGGGAAAUAAGUAAAACUAUGGGCUAGAUUAUGCAGAGACUUUUGCCCCUGUAGCAAAGUUAACAGCAGUGAGAUCUCUCUUUGCUAUUGGUGCUAUGCAAGAUUGGUUUAUACACCAAAUGGAUGUUAAGAAUGUAUUUUUGCAUGGUGACUUGCAAGAAACUGUAUACAUGAAGUUGCCACAAGGUUACAAGUGUGAAGGAGACAGAAUUGCAGUGCAAGAGUGGGAAGAAGAAAGCAAGGUUAAGACCAGCACACCUCAGAGAGUUUGCAAACCCAAAAAAUCUCUCUAUGGGUUCAAGCAAGCCCCUAUACAGUGGUUUGCAAAACUCAGUUCAGCCUUGAAGGAAAAUGGGUUUAUUCAAUCUAGAUCUGAUUACUCUUUGUCCACAAAGAGAGAGGGUGAUGUUUUUUCUGCAAUAUUGGUAUAUGUAGAUGACCUUAUCAUUGCAAUAAACAAUGAAGGUGCUAUAGAUGAUGCUAAGGUCUUUCUCUCCACUCAUUUUCAUAUGAAAGACAUGGGGGUAGUGAGCUACUUCCUAGGGAUACAAGUGGAUAGAACUCCUACAGGGAUUUUCUUAUCUCAAAGAAAGUAUGUGCAAGACUUGCUGAAAGAGUACAAUCUUGAAAAAUGCAGAACUCUCAAGCUCCCUAUGGAUGCUCAUGUUAAACUCACCCCAGAAACAGGAACUCCUUUUCAGACUCCUGAAAUCACUAGUAGAAAAAGGAAGAUUUGCGUCCCCCCAUUUGCGUCGCACAGACACGAAAACGACGCACAAUUCGAAUUUGCGUCGAAUUUGGGAAGCUGUGCGACGCAAAUCACUGUUAUGUGCAUCGCACCCUCCUCUCAUGCGACGCACAUUGCUAAUUUGCGUCGCAUGAGAGGUGUGUGCGACGCACAACAUGGGUAUAAUGUACGUCGUACUAUCGUGUGUGUGCAACACAUAUCAGAAUUAAAUAAGUUUGGGCUUUGAUUUGCGUCGUAUGGGCCAUAUCACACGACGCAGACACGGGUUACCCAUAUUUAAAAGAAGCGCACGUUAGGAUUUAGCUUACAACCAUUUCAGCCGUUUUCCUUCUAUCUCCUUCUCUCUCCUUCUCUCUCCUUCAUCUCUCUCACUGUCAUUCAAACCUCCAUCCAUCUCUCCUUCGCAUCUCUACUUCGAAUCUCUACUUCGCGCAUCUCUACUUCGAAUCUCUACUUUGCGCAUCUCUACUUCGAAUCAUUUUCUCACUUUCAUCUGUCAUCCAUCUCUUUUGCAUCUGUUUUGCGGCGAACCUCCGUUCAUGCUCAGGCUUUGGGAUCUCUUUCCUCUCUCUCUCUCGAUACUCGAAAUAUACACGAUGUUCAUGCUCAGAUUUCUCGAUUCUUAAGUAUUUUUAGUUCUCAUUUAUUCUGAAUUUCUUUGUUUUGCCAUAUUUAUGUUUAUUUUUGCGAUUUGAAGAACGAGAUUUGAAGAAAGAGAUUGAAGAACAAGAUUUGAAGAAAGAGAUUGAAGAACGAGAUUUGAAGUACGAAAUUUGAAGAAGAACGAGAAUUUGGCGAUUUGUAUAUAUUUUUUUUUGAGGGGUGGCGAUUCUUAUUUUUUAUAAAAUAUAUUUAGUGAAAUUUCUCUAUGUUAGAUCUAUUUUUUUUUUGUAGGUUUAGUUUUUUAAUUUCGUGUUUUGUUGUAUGUUAGAUCUGAUUUUUUAAUUUUUUAUAUUUGUUUAGAUUUUUUCGUUUAAUUUUUGGCGAUUAGAACGUAAUUUCGUUUAGAUUUUGUCGUUUAAUUUUUGGCGAUUAUUAUCAUUUGUUGUAUGUUAGAUCUGGUUUUUUGAUAUGAGAUUUGUCUUGUUUAAUUAUCAUCAUUUGUUGUAUGUUAGAUCUGGUUUUUGAUAUGAGAUAUGUUUCUUUUUCCUCCUACGCAGUAUUAAAGCAUUCAUUCUUUGGUACUGCGUUUUUUUAUUUUUCACAUGAUGGCAUUUGCGUCGCACCGUGUAUACGGUGCGACGCAAAUAGCUAAUAUAUCUGCGUCGUUCACCAUAAGACGCAGAUCAUGUCUGGGCUAUCUGCGUCUAGGCCUUUGGCGUCGCACCCGUGUCCGACGCAAAUGGGCGCCUCAGAUCCGACGCAAAUCGCCGUUUCUGUACUAGUGAAUAUAUCAGAGAUUAAUUGGCAAAUUAAUCUACUUGACUAUAACAAGACCUGAUAUAGCUUUCACUGUCCAUGUAUUGAGCAAGUUCAUGCAUUGCCCCACUUCAGCUCACUACCAGGCAGGUCUGAGGGUGCUAAUAUAUCUAGCAGGCUCUACUCAUCAAGUAAUUCUUUUGGCAAGUCAAUCCACAACCUAGCUCACUGCCUAUUGUGAUAGUGACUGGGCAGGUUGCUCAUCUACAAGGAGAUCCACAUCUGGGUUCUGUAUCCUACUUGGUGAAUCUCCUGUGUCUUGGAAGUCAAAAAGACAGUGAGUUGUUGCUAGGUCUACUGCUGAGGCAGGAUAUAGCUUUUGAAAGACUUAGGAAUCAAGGACAUUGGUUCUAUUGUUGUGAACUGUGACAAUCAAGCAACAUUAGCUAUAGCAGCUAACCCUGUGCACCAUGAAAAAACAAAGCACGUUGACAUUGAUUGUCACUUUAUAAGAGAUAAAGCCACUGAGGGGAUUAUCACACCUGUCCAUGUCUCAAGCAAGCAUCAAUUGGCUUACAUUUUCACCAAGAUACUCAACACUGAUCAACAUCAGUUUCUUCUUCACAAGUUGGGAGUUUGUUCAAAUCCUGCACUCACAGCUUGAGAGGGAGUAUUGAAGAAAGGAGUUCAGCUAGCUGAGUUUAGUUACUAAUAGAAUAUAGCUGUUAAUAUUAAAAGCCCACUGUGUUAGUGGCCCAAACUCUCUUGUUUUUCAGUCUGUUGUUUAGGCUGGUGGCCUCAGGUUGUUUGUCCUUUUGUGUGACACUUAUCUAGGGUUUUGUGUAGCCUACAAGGCACUACUUUCUAGGUUGAUGCACCUGAUAUAAAAGGCUGCAUUCAUGUCCAAAAAGGCAUGAGAGAAUGAAUGAAAAAACCUAAAGCUGAAAGUGAGAAAAUGUUUCUUGUUUAUGAGCAGCAACAACAGCUAAGAAAAAUGAAAGAAUUCAUUUGUCUUCAGCUAAUAUUGAUCUACGGAUGAAGUUUAUGCUCAGAUAACUCUGGUUCCUGGAAGAGAUCAAACUGAAGCUACAAAUCCCGACGCUCCAGUGCCUGAUCUUCCAAGGUGCAACUUGCAUUCAUUUUGCAAGACACUAACAACUUCUGAUACUAGCACACAUGGUGGAUUCUCUGUGCUUCGCAGGCAUGCAGAUGAUUUCUUAACCCCCUGGUGAGGCUUGACUGCUUAACUUAGUUAAGUGUUUUCAGGAAAGUAGGUUUGAUAUAAGAAAUCAAGGAAGUGAGGGGAAUAUCAAUCUUUUUCUUACUAAUACUUCCUCUAUACUUAAAUUAUUCACUAUUUAACUUUUAUGAUAUCUAACGACUUUGACCAUUAAUAUCACUAAUUGCAUGUGAUUAAACUUAAUAAUUAUUAAUAUAUUGAUGCUAUUCAUUGAUGUGAUGUUAAGAAGAGUUGAAGCAUAAGAUUUUGAUAUUAAUAAUGGUGAGAAAAUAUGAUCAAAGAUUUAUGAGUUUGACGAUAAAUGUCAAUCAAUACAAUUUAUAGAGGUUGAGGGAGUAGUAUGCUUGAAAAGAAUUGCGCUUUCCUCUAUUUUAUUCAUGUUUAACUACUUCGCAUGAUGUCUCAACAACCACCUUGGUAGGAGCUUGUUGCUACAGAUCUUCAUAGCAAUGAGUGGCAUUUUCGUCAUAUUUUUCGAGGUGAGCAGACCUGUAUGUAGACAAGAGCGAUGUAUACCAACUAUGUUCAUGCAUGUGAUGAAAUAACCAAGGUUUUCAUUUGAUUGUUUUAAAGUAAUGCUUGUAUACAGAGUAAAGCUCCCUGUAAAUUUUUUAGAUGCAGACAAUUUACAUUCCUUAUGCUCCUCUUUUUAUUUGUUGGAUCAAACUGUUAUGUAAAAUAUUAGAGUCGGAGAUGCGGGGAACAAGGGAUACCCUUUAAGAGUCCGAUUUGAGCAAAUAUCUUUGUAGUAUCUUCUAUGUUUACUUAAUA